AUGAAGAAAGACAAUGAUCCCACUGAGCAGGUGCAAAGACGUACAACAAAACUUUUGUCAGGUCUUAGAACCUAUGAUCUCAGAAGUUUGAGUCGGAUAGAAAUGACCAGCAACAGUGGUGGCCGUACGUGUAGCGACUUGGAACUUACGGAAUUCGUUGGGAUUCGUGCGGGUUACGAGCUCCUUAACCGCAAGUAUCGGAAGAACCACAAGGAACUCGAAAAAGCAAAUGCUAGGUUUACGCGUUCUCUCGAAAAAUUAGAUGCUCUGGAUGGUUUUGGAAAGGCAACGACUUUUAUAGACAAUGUAUUGAAUGAAGUGUGUGGUUUCAAGAGAAAAGCUGAUGAAUAUUUUUCUGAAGAAAUGGAGCUCGUGGCGGCUUGUAAAAGGCGCAUAGAACAUUUAAAGGAACAACGUGUAUUCAUUGCGCGCUUUCAUCGACUUCUGGCCGAUCACCUGUUCUGUCUUGGGCACUACAGGUCUGCUUUGAGUUUAGCCAAGUCGUCGUCGGCCGGUUGCCUUUGUCUAACUGACAUAUACGAGGAGGCCAUUGUUAUCAGUGAGGCUCUUCUUCGAGGUGACACGGGUCCUGCUCAUCAGUGGAUUCAAGAGGCCAACUAUAAGCUGAAAAAGUCGGAGUGUUUCUUCGAGUUCGACAUCCGAGUCUUUGAACUGUACUUACUGGUCAAAGCAGGGAAAAGGUUGGAAGCUAUCCAACAUGCCCGCAAGUACCUUGCCGGUGGUCUAAAACCCGACGACUACCAGGCGACCAAACUGGGACAGGCGAUGCUGCUUUUGGCAAUGAGGACACCCGAGGAAGUUGAGCUAAAAGCGGCCCAGAACGAACUCAAUGAACAAUGGAUAUGCAAGCGUUUCCACGCGGCCUUCACAAAUUUCUACUCUUUCUCGUCUUUGACCCCCUUCUCACUUGCGGUGAAGGCGGGCAUUACUGCAAUCAAAACUCAUUUUUGUUACAGCGCCAAAGCUCGCCAUCCAGACUGCGUAGUUUGCCAUCCACUGAUUAACCGGCUGGCUUUCGACCUUCCCUUCGGCAAUUAUGACCAUUCUGUUCUCACCUGCUACCAGACUGGCCUUUUGAUGAACGAAGAGAAUCCGCCGAUGGCUCUCCCGAACGGCUACGUAUACAGCGAAAAGGUAACCUACGUUUCUUUUUCGUUGCUAACCCAUCUAAAUUGCCUUUGUAAUCAGUCUAUAAUCAGAUAUCAUGUUGUGCUCAUUGGAAUGAGUUUAUGUAUUCGCUGGCGUUUCGGACAGCUGGGCCUGACUUUAUCGAUCAGCAAUUUAAAGUUGUGGCUGUACGUGUUGGUCAUGGGCUGA